AUGUCGACCGGUCUGGUGCAUGUCAGCUCAGGCAUCAGCAAACAGGACAAGCGGUGCACGCGAGAAAUGCUCACAACAGCAUGUAGCGACUGCACGCUCUUACCAGAGGCAGGCUGGCGUGACUUAUCGACUAGCUCGCAUAUAGUCGAGCACGAACCCGCCGUGCAUGUUCAGCCGGCGGUAGUCACCAUGCGAUCCUAUGAGCGGCAUGGUCCCGUCGAGGCCUUUGGCGUGAUCUGUUCGGCUGGCAGCAACUCAGUCUUCGAUGGCAAGACAGCUUAUGUGCCUGCGCUGGAAGAUGUACUCGUAUGGGAUGUCAAAAAGGGCGAGCUGCUAGGCAUGUGGCAUGAGCAAGGGCAUCGAAGUCCGGUAUCUGCCAUUGCACGCUCGCCUCGACCGAGGGACACGUUUGCAGUCGGCUACGAGGAUGGCAGCGUCAGACUGUGGAGUGCAAAGGAGAAGAGCGUCAUCGUUACGUUCAAUGGCCAUCGCAAAGCCGUCACUUCGCUCGCUUUUGAUCGCAAUGGCCAGACGCUCGCAAGUGGUAGCAAGGACAAUGAGAUCAUUCUCUGGGAUCUCGUUGCCGAAGCAGGCUCGUACAGACUGCGAGGUCACAGAGAUCAGAUAACGGGACUAGCGUUCGUCCAAAUAGCACCAGAAGAAAGUGAUGCAAUAGCCUCGACUUCUGCAGCAGGGCCGCCAGCGGCGAAACACCUCCUCUCAGUCUCAAAAGAUACAUUCAUCAAGCUCUGGGACCUCACGACCCAGCACUGCAUCUCCACCACCGUGGCUCAUCGGGCAGAGACGUGGGCGUUAGACGUCAAGCUUGAUCCGGAGACAGGCGAGAAUAUCGUCUUGACGGGCGGUGGAGAUGGCGAAGCUAAGGCCUGGUUGCUCGAUAAUGACGUUUUGCGCGAGGGCGUGCAGUCUGACCAGGACGGUGUGCUCAAACGUGCAUUGGUACCUCUCAACCCAUCUGGCACGCUCAUCAGCCUCUCAAGCUCGAGUCACACCCAGCGAAUAGCACAAGUCUCUUACCAUCCAUCAUUGCCUAUCAUUGCUUUCCAAACGACCGAGAGAACGGUAGAAAUCGUUCGACUACGCUCAGAUGCAGAGAUCAAGCGUAAAGCUGCCAGACGGCGGCGGAGAGAAGCUGACAAGAAGAGCAAAGUGGCAGGCGAAGAAGAGAGCGAGCCGGUGCAGCAGGAAUGGAGAGACCGCCUUGCCCCAUGGUCAAUCGUACGCGCCUCGGGCAAGAUAAGGUCAUUCGCUUUUGCGCCUGAACACAAGAGAGCAAAGGGCACAGAGAACAUCUCCCUCAUGGUGGCUCUCAACAGUAACGCGCUAGAAAUUUACGCUCUACCGCAGCCUCCUGCGACGGGCAAAUCCAGUACCUUAGUUGAGCCGGUCAAGUCGUUCUCGCUCGAUCUGCCUGGUCAUCGAAAUGACGUGCGAGCGCUUGCAAUCUCGUCAGACGAUCAGCUACUCGCCUCUGCCGCGCAGGGCAGUCUCAAAGUCUGGAAUGCAAAGACGACAAAAUGUCUGCGGACGCUUGAUUGCGGUUACGCGCUCUGUACAGCCUUUCUGCCAGGUGACCGACACAUCGUGGUCGGCUGCAAGUCUGGCGAGUUGCUGCUUUAUGACGUCGCGUCCUCUUCGCUUCUCGAAACCGUUCAAGCGCAUACUGGCGCGCUCUGGUCGCUGCAGGUCAGGCCCGACAAGCGCGGCCUUGUCACGGCCAGUGCAGACAAAGAUAUCAAGUUCUGGGACUUUGAGAUCAAAGAAGCGGCUGCUGCCGGAGACGAAGCACCAAAUGCAGCACGUUCGCUCUCGUUGGUUCAUAUCAAGACGCUCAAGAUGAGUGAUGAUGUACUCUCGGUGCGAUAUAGCCCAGAUGGUCGUUUGCUUGCUGUGGCACUCCUCGACAUGACCGUCAAAGUCUUCUAUGCCGACACGCUCAAGUUCUUCCUAUCGCUGUACGGACAUAAGCUGCCCGUCCUCGCAAUGGAUAUCUCGUUCGAUUCGAAGCUGAUCGUCACCUGUUCUGCCGAUAAGAACGUCAAGAUCUGGGGCCUCGAUUUCGGUGACUGUCAUCGUUCGCUCUUUGCGCAUGACGAAAGUAUCAUGCAAGUCGCGUUUGAAGCAAAGUCGCACUACUUCUGGACGGUCGGCAAGGACAAGAUGGUCAAGUAUUGGGACGGCGACAAAUUCGAAUGCAUCCAGAAGCUCGAAGGACAUCAGAGCGAGGUCUGGGCGCUCGCGGUCAGUCCGCUGGGCAAGUAUGUUGCGACAGCCUCGCAUGACAAGUCGAUCCGCAUCUGGGAGAAGCUCGGCGAGCCUCUUUUCCUGGAGGAAGAACGCGAACGAGAGAUGGAAGCAGCCUACGAAGCGAACGAGCAAGAUCAGCUCGAUCUGCGCGCCAAGCGUACUGGCGAGCACGAUGCAGGACCCGAGGUCGACACCGUCUCGAAAGAGACAAAGGAGACCCUGAUGGCAGGGGAGCGCAUCAUGGAAGCUAUCGAUCUUGCGGACGCCGAUCGCGUACACGUUACCGCUUGGCAAGCUGAGCGUGCCCGUCUCGAUCCUGCCAAUAGCAAGACUCUGCCGCCACCUGGUCGCAAUGCCAUCUUCACCCUGCCGGGCGCGGAGAAAUCUGCAGAGCGGCAUGUGCUCGAUACGAUCAAGCGGAUUCCAAUGGCAGCACUGCAAGAUGCGCUGCUCGUGCUCCCCUUCACCCAUGUCACUUCUCUCCUUUCGUACAUCGAUGUCUGGGCGCGACAUCGUUGGAACGUCGCUCUGACAUCGCGCGUGCUCUUCAUCAUCUUGCAAACGCACCAUUCUCAGAUUGUCGCAACGAGAGCCAUGCGGUCGUCUAUGCUCUCGCUCCGUAGCAGUCUACGAGAAGCUCUUGUGCAGCAAAAGGGCUUGAUCGGCUACAACGCUGCCGCGCUUGGAUACAUACGACGACAGCAAGAGACAGCAAAGACGCAAGAGUUCUUCGAAAGCAGCGUGCGAAAGGGUGGAGAUCUAUCUGAGCAGGCCGUGCGCGAGCAAAUUGCGGCGAGCAGCAAGAAGCGAAAGCGAGCGAUCACGACGACAUGA